AUGCUGAAGUUGGAAAGCGACGGUGGUCAGCUAUUGGGUAGACGAAUGGAUUCAGGCGGGAAGGUGGUGGCUUCUGAAAGUAAACUCACAAUUAUUGUAUCUCCGUGGUCUCAAAGUGACCUCGCCGCAGACCUUUCGUCCGACGGGCACGUCUCUCACCAAGCUUAUACAAACCUUGUUAAGGCAUCGUGGAUUUUGAUAGAUGUCAUUGCAAAGCAUCCACAGUUCAACCUUCUCGAUCCGAGUAUACAAUACGAUGCAGAGGUGCUUGCAGAGGCUAUCAGAGACCAACUUGAGGAUAUGGAUAGCUCAGAGCCUCAAAAACCCACAUUUGAGGAUAUUCAAGUUUGUGAUCUUAAUAUUUGGGAGACGCAAGCGAAGGGUGCUUCAUUACAACCUUCUAAGCGGAACGAGAAAUCGAAUCCUUCUGAAAAAGGACACCACAGUUGGGAAACUGAAGAGGAGCAGGUGUUGUUUCAACGUUUUGCAUACUACCAGGCUAGCAAGGCCUCGGUGUCAACGUCCUCCGUCAUUCUGUUCGUUGCUAAGAAAAAUAGCAAGCGAGCGAGUGUUAUUAUAAGAGACCAGAGCUGGACCACUCUGGCAAAAUUCCAGGUGGGAGGUGAUAUCCCGGAACCUUGUGGGAAAAUCAUUAAAAUCGGAGAUCAGGAGAUUUUAUCUGCCACCCACGAAGAUGCGCAAUAUCUGAGUGUAUUGUGGGAAGCAACCGACGAAUACGUCCUCCACUGCAUCAGAGUGGAUCACGGUCGCGACGUCGUAAAGUCAAUGGUGCUUCUUUGUGCCAUCAAAAGAGGUUAUGAUAAGAUUGUAGCGUCGCUCCUCAAAGACAUGCGACGGGUGGACAAGGAAACGGGUUUCUCUGCGGCCACCUCGAAGAUUGGGUUCAGAGGUUCAGUCAUGGAGUUAGCGUCGUCCAGUCUUUCAGGUGAACGGGCUGCGCGGGUUCCCCGUGUACCCAACAGUCAGCAAUCGCUGCUAUACUGGGCCGAUGAAAUGGGGUAUAACGAAAUAGCGAAAUAUUUACUCCAACGAAAGUUGAUAUCGAAUAUUGAACAACCAUUCUCCCACCUACCUUCACUCUUUGAAUUUUGUCAUCAAGGCUGGAUGGAGAUGAUGGCAGUUCAUCUGUCGGAGCGUGGUUUUAGUGUUGAUAUACGGGAUGAAGGUGGAUUUACAGCACUGCAAAUUGUGGCAAGGAUUGGAAAUGCUAAAAUGCUCGACCUUCUUAUCGUUGCUGGGGCUGAUGUCAACGCACAACCUGCCGAUAAGGAUGGGCGCACAGCAUUACAGGCGGUAGCUAGAGGAGGGCACGCGGCGGUGGUAGACAAACUCCUUCAGGCUGGGGCUGAUGUCAACGCACCACCUGCCGAUUUUUAUGGACGCACAGCAUUACAGGCGGCAGCUGAAGGAGGACACGAGGCGGUGGUCGGCAAGCUUCUUCAGGCUGGGGCUGAUGUCAACGCACCACCUGCCCGUAAUGAUGGGCGCACAACAUUGCAGGCGGCAGUUGGAGGAGGGCACGAGGCGGUAGUAGACAAACUUCUUCAGGCUGGGGCUGAUGUCAACGCACCACCUGCCGAUUUUUAUGGACGCACAGCAUUACAGGCGGCAGCUAGAGGAGGGCACGCGGCGGUGGUAGACAAGUUUCUUCAGGCUAGGUCUAAUGUCAACGGACCAUCCUCCACUUGCUGUGGUGGACUCACAGCGUUAGAGGCGGCAGCUGGAGGAGGACACGAGGCGAUAGUCGAAAAGCUGCAUCAGUCUAGGGUUAUACGUUGA